GUCGCUGAAGAGACCUGAUGGUCUGCGAACAUGCCUCGCCCGUGAGAUGGCACUGAGCCGAUCCCUUCUCAUAUAUUCUGCCAUUCCUCCUUUCCGAAAUUACCCUUCGAAACCACUCAAAUUCUCCGCUCUGCCCCUCCUCCGCCGCCGCCGUCACUCUCCUGCCUCCUCCGCUCGGUGCUCGUCGUCAUCCAUGGAGUCUCCUCCCGAAGGUUACAGAAGAAACGUUGGUAUCUGUCUAAUGAAUUCUUCCAAAAAGAUUUUUUCCGCAUCGAGGUUGGAUCUUCCGGAUGCUUGGCAAAUGCCUCAGGGUGGAAUCGACGAGGGUGAAGAUCCAAGAACUGCUGCAAUAAGAGAGUUGAAAGAAGAGACAGGAGUUCAGUCUGCCGAGAUCAUUGCAGAGGUACCUCACUGGUUGACAUAUGACUUCCCUCCGGAUGUCCGGGAAAAACUCAGAGUCCGAUGGGGAUCAGACUGGAAGGGCCAAGCUCAAAAGUGGUUUCUCUUAAAGUUUACUGGGAAUGAUGAUGAAAUCAAUCUUCUGGGUGAUGGAAGUGAGAAACCUGAGUUUGGGGAAUGGUCCUGGAUGUCCCCCGAGCAAAUAAUCGAACUUGCUGCAGAUUUCAAGAAGCCGGUUUACAAGGAAGUUUUUUCGGUUUUUGCUCCUCAUCUCCAGUGAAAUCUCAUGCUGGUUUAUUCAGAAAUCUUCUCUGUAUGAUGAGCAGAAAUACACAAUAAACCGAGAUGAUGGAUCUGUGAAACAGAUUAGAGAAGAUCUCCUUGAGUCUUCCACAUUUCUUUCGAUUCGAAGAAUGAAUACAA